GCGUCCGUCAUUCUCAGACUUGCUCCGUUCCCGACGUCGGUCGCAGAUCUACUGACUUGUUAUAGCAUUAUGCCCAAAAGCUUCAUGACUCCCCUGGGUGCCGUGCCCGAGCGCGUCUCCCUGUCCAAGACACAGCAGCGGAUCCUCACUGAUAUGGCCGAUGCCAUCGUAGCGGAGACUUUGCAGACGAAUGAGAUGUUCAUCUCCAACGGCCGACAGCUGCCUCACGACCAGUGGAAACACGUCAAGUCCAAGGAGAAGGUACACGUCUACCGGUCUCGACACUCCAAAGGGACCUUGAAACUCCGAGGGCAGUCACAAGACGAGAAGGACCCAAGUCGACCGAGAUUGCUGUCGCUUUCCGCCAUGGAACGCCACGAACGGGAGAAUUCAGGCCGGCCGUACGUAUACGACGACGAAGCGUCAACGGCGCUGGGGCAGAAGGACAGUGUCAAUACACACAGCUCCUCCAGUGACGAUGGGUCCUUCUCUCUAGCAGAUGACUGCGUGUUAGCAAAGGUCAAACCGUGUCACGUCCCACUUGUCGUGGCCACUGGAGUCAUCGACGGCACCGUGGAAGACGUGGCAUUCGGCGGGUUCGCCAACACCAGAAAAUCCUGGAUUACCCGCAACUCGUACGUCCACAACGACGUAUUUGACGACCGAAAAGUGCUGGCGACGCUGCAAGUACCUAGUGAAGAGGACCCGUUCCGGUCCGUGACUAUCAAAUGGGCAACGGGGAACUACGGAGCGUUCACGACACGAAGAGAUUUUCUAUACGUCGAGUCGAUGGGCAUGGCGUUCGACUCGGACGGCGAGAAAAUCUUCUACAAUCUCAUCCAUUCUAUCGAACUGGACGACUGUCCUCCUCUAGACAAACGCCAUUAUAUCAUCCGUGUCCAAAUGUCAACGUGCUAUAUUGCAAGACAACUCAAAGACGACAGCGUCGAGAUGUUCUGCCGCGGUUUCGUCGACCCGCGGGGCGACAUGAUGGAGAGUUACGGCAUCCUCAUGCUGGCUCACAACGUCUCUGCCUGCGCUGGAUACGUCGAAUGUUCGAACCUCAAGAAGUUGAGCUGGAUGGUGCGACGAAGCGACACGGCGAAACCCUUGACCGGGACAGAGUGCAGCGUGUGUCAUAAAUCACUGAAGAAGCUCGGUCUUCUGCAGUCGCCGUCUGGAUGCACGAUCUGUCGGUGCUUGACGUGCAACAAGUGCAGCGUGCAGAAGAAACUCACGAUCGACGUGACCAAGGAGAUCUUGCAAAAGAGCUUCACGUUCUGUUUGUCGUGCGUCAUUGAGGCCAAGGAGCUGUCGGCAUGGGAACUUGCCUCAGCAACCGUGCGGAGAUCGCAACCGUAA